AAGAAAAUAUGUAUGAAUAUAGCUACAGAACUAUUCAUCGAGUUUUUUUAUUCUGGCUAGCUUCAGUUUCUGAUUGUCAAGUAAAUCUUGUGUCAACAUUUCGUAAUAAUCGUAAUUUAACCUUAUUUAGUUUAUCUAAAAAUUGAACUAGUAGUGUUAAGUUAAUCUAAAAAAUUACGCAAAUAAAAAUUAUGUCGCGGAGUAGAAAUGAAGUACAAAUGUUAAUAGAUCUAUAUCAAAAUCAUUCAUGUUUAUAUGCCGUAAAAUCAGUUUCUUAUAAAAAUAGACACGCGAGAUUCAAGGCUUUGACUGAAAUUGAAACGGAAUUGAGAAAAAUAAAACCAGAAGCAACACUGGCGGAAAUUAAAUGCAAAUUUAAUAAUUUGCGAACUAAUUUUCUGUCUGAGUAUAGAAAAUAUAAGGCAUCUAAUAAAAGUGGCACAGGUGCAGAUGAGAUUUAUAGACCUACAUUGUGGUAUUUUGAGAACAUGAUGUUUAUCGUUGAGCACAGUGUACCACGAUCAUCAAAAGAGUAUUGCAGAAAACUCCAAUCUUCUUGACUCUGGGGGUGAAUUUGGUAAAGAAAUGGAACCACAGUAUGGAGAAUAUGUUGAAGAAAACCCGAAUAGUGAAGAAAACAUUAUUAUUGAUAUUACAGAAUACCCAACAGAAACUGAUUCGAACAGUGAUAUUACUAAGACACCUAAUCGAAGUGAAAUAAAGGCAAGUGUUCUAAGAAAACAAAAAAAAAGAAAGAGAAUAAAUGAAGAUGAUGUUUUAACCACAGCAUCACAAACAAUGCAACAUUUGGCAGAAGCCUUCAGUAGUAACAAGGAAGUUAAUUCAAACGGCCUGCAGGCUUUUGCAGAAUUUAUUACUAGUAAACUUCAAGUUAUGGUUGAUGAUCCUCAUCUAUUAGAUGAAACCAAAGAGGAUAUAGCUAAUAUUAUAUUUAUUAACUUGAAAAGAUAUAGAGAGAAUAAAAGAAGUCACAGUUCUUAAAAUAUAUAUACUUACCUGUAUAAUAUCAAUUUCUAGAGUAGUACCAAUAAAUACAUAUUUAUUAUUUUAAGGAGUCAAAAUAUUCUGUAUUACUUAUAAGCAUA